ACAAGCACAACUACCGACAGCUAGUCCCCGACCCCCCCGAGCCAUCCCGUCGCAAUGGUUUCGGGAGCAGCAGCUCGCAGAGCUUACCACGCUCUUGAGCUGCUCCCACCACGAACCUUGGCCUGCGCCCGCCCCCGUCUGGACCCUGUCUGUGCCCCGUCGGUGCUCGCCGCACCCAUACCGAACCUCUCCCCUCCGUGUUCACGCCGACCACACGUCUUGACCACCCCCGCCCGCCCCUUCUCGUCCGGCCGAUCCCUCCUCGCCUCGUCAGCAGCACCUGCGCCCGCAGCCUCGGGCAUCGCGGCGCAGGUCUUCAGCAGCGCAUUCGCACGUCCAGCGACCCAGCCUCCCCAAGGAUUCUCGUCGUGGGCAACCCCUCGCGGUUUCUCCACGGCGACAGUGUUAUGGCAGCAAUCCCGCGAGAGGGCCAGCGUGACGACGCAGCUGAAGCAGGAUGCCGCAGAGAAGGAGGGCGAGGGCGAGGGCGAGGGCGAGGGCGAGCAGGGGAAGCAGCUCUCCCACCAGGAACAGGAAGACAGCCCCGAACAACAUGGCUUCCAACAGAGCGAGCGUGCCAAACAGGCCGCCCAGCUCAACAUGAGAGCGCGCCUCUCUAAGGAGGGCAAGAGCUCGGGCCAGGGCGGCUGGGCUGAGAUCGUUCGGCUCGUCAAGAUCGCCAGGCCCGAGGUGAAAUGGCUAGGAAUAUCCUGCGUCUUCCUCCUCAUCUCUUCGGCCGUCACCAUGUCCAUCCCCUUCUCGGUCGGCCGCAUCCUGGAUAUCGCUACCUCAAGCAAGGACGCCCCCACUGUCCUGGGCCUCACCCUGAACCAGUUCUUUCUGGGCUUCGCCGCUUUCAUGACCCUCGGCGCUCUGGCCAACUUUGGGCGUGUCGUCCUCCUCCGCAUUGUCGGCGAGAGGGUCGUCGCGCGGCUCAGGACCCAGCUGUACCGGAGAACAUAUGUCCAGGACGCAGAGUUCUUCGAUGCCAACCGCGUGGGCGACCUGAUAUCCCGCCUGAGCUCCGACACCGUCAUCGUCGGCAAGAGCAUCACCCAGAACAUCUCCGAUGGCCUGCGGGCCAUUGUGAGUGGCGCAACCGGUUUCUGUGCCAUGGCGUGGUUGAGCCCUCAACUGACCUCGGUCAUACUGCUCAUGUUCCCCCCGAUCGCUGUUGGGGCCUUCUUCUACGGGCGUACCAUACGCAACAUCAGCCGGCAGAUCCAGAAGAACCUGGGAACCCUGACAAAGAUCGCAGAGGAGAGAUUGGGCAACAUCAAGACCAGCCAAGCCUUUGCUGGCGAGAUCCAGGAGAUUGGCCGCUACAACCGUCAGGUGCGCAAGAUAUUUGCCCUUGGUCGCCGCGAGUCGAUAAUAGCGGCUACUUUCUACGGCUCAACGGGCUGGGCGGGGAACAUGACAAUUCUCGCCUUGCUUAUUGUCGGCGGCAACCUCGUGAGAUCCGGGGCAAUGUCACUGGGUGACUUGACAUCAUUCAUGAUGUACACCGUCUUCGCAGGAUCCAGCCUGUUCGGAGUGUCAGGGUUCUACUCGGAGCUCAUGAAAGGGGUCGGGGCGGCCUCGCGGCUCUUCGAGCUGCAAGACAGACACCCCACGAUCCCAGCCACCGUGGGAAAGAAGGUCAUCUCAGCACAAGGACCCAUCAGGUUCCACAACGUCAGCUUCGCCUACCCCACCAGGCCGGCAGUCACCAUCUUCAGGGGCCUGAACUUCGACAUCCCGUCCGGCUCCAACGUGUGUAUCGUGGGCCCGUCGGGAGGUGGCAAGUCGACCGUGGCCUCCCUCCUCCUCCGCUUCUACAACCCCACCGAGGGCGCCAUCACCAUCAACGGCGAGAACAUCAACGACCUCAACGUCAAGUCCCUGCGGCGGCGCAUAGGCAUGGUCGCCCAGGAGCCCGUCCUGUUCUCCGGCACCGUGGCCGAGAACAUCGCGUACGGGAAGCCCCAGGCGACGCGCGCCGAGAUUGUCGCUGCCGCGAGGAAGGCCAACUGCGGCUUCAUCAGCGACUUCCCAGACGGCCUCGAGACGCAGGUGGGCGCUCGGGGUGCCCAGCUUUCUGGAGGUCAGAAGCAGAGACUCGCGAUUGCUCGCGCCCUGCUCAAGGACCCGGACAUCCUGAUCCUGGACGAGGCGACGAGCGCGCUGGACGCCGAGUCGGAGACGCUCGUGAACGCGGCGCUCGGGGAGCUGCUCAAGGGCCGCAACACGACCAUCUCGAUCGCGCACCGCCUGUCGACCAUCAAGCGGUCCGACCAGAUCAUCGUCCUGUCGAGCGAGGGCACCGUCGCCGAGAUCGGCAGCUACAGCACGCUGAGCGCCGACCCGGAGAGCGCCUUCAGCAGGCUCAUGGAGUACCAGAUGAGCGGCGGCGAGCCGCCCGCGGGGGGGUUCCGCCCGCCCAGGAUCGACGACGGGCACCUCACCGAGGCCGAGGAGAUCGAGCGGGACCUGGAGGAGGAGGAGGAUGAUGUCCGUGGGGCGGGCGAGGACAAGGCGGAGGAGAAGCAGAAGAGGGAGUGAGCGAGUAAGCAGGCUGUGAUGCCGGAGAAGCAGGAGGGGGGGGGAAGGGCUCUUGCUUUGAAAUAGAAUACGCUGGGCCACGAAGAAAUCUCAGCUUGGAAACCACAGAAAACAGGGCAGUGUCAAUACCACAUCAGCGCGUUGUAACAUUAACUCAUCUAUACAAGUGGACAACAUCCCACUCCGGCACCGCCUGUGGCAAUAGUCGCCACUGGGGUGUAUAUAAUAAAGCGACAUUAUUCACUCACGUGCUGACUUGUUUGUUGGUUGGAAGCUUGCAGGAGAACAGAUGGAUGAUGCGUUGGGUGAUGAAUACAUAAAUCAGUGUUUAUACAUACGUUGAGGGAACCGAGGACAUUGUGAGGCGGGAGCCUCCCCCGGUCUGUAGCUUGCUCGACUGGUUUACCAUUGCUGGGACAUGUGCAAG